AUAAAACAUGAAAGCGUCUUCUGCCAUACAUGCAAGCAAGACCCAAUUCUUGGGAUCCGUUGGAACUGCCUGGAUUUCAAGGAUACGUCGGUGAACCUGUGUUCAUCUUGUUACAUGGCCGAUAAACACAAUACAGACCAUGCCUUCUGCAGAUAUAAUUCCGCCGAUGACAAAGGGUGGGAACAAAAAUGAUUUAAUUUAUUUAGACUGGAUUAACGACAAGAAUUGAUUUUGUCGUAGCAAGCAUAGAAAUAACUCUGAAGCGAAAAUAUUCGUCAUAUACAUGUCAUCACCUCAAGCGCUGGUUACAGACUGUGUUGCGUGACGAACCAAACAAAGGCUGUGUUAAGAGACUCUUCCUAAAUGCAUCGAAACAUUUUUCAAGUUUUAAGUUGAAGUAGUCUUUAGUGAUUUGUAACGGGAGAAAAAUGUCAAGUGAGGGCAGAAUUGAUUUUAACCAAAUUCGUUAAUGAUGCGGACGUUCAGUUGAUUGCGGAAGUUCAGUUGAUUAUUAGUCAGAGAAUCGGAAAUGUUAUUUACAAAUUUAAGGUUUUGUAAUCAAUUAUAACCUGUGCCUACAUUCCAUGUGUUUGUUUUCAUAAGAGUUCAACUUCUGAUAUUGUCAGCUUGCUUCGGUAAACUACAGCUUACCAGAGUACAUAGAUAUAGUUACGCAUGAUAGCCUUGGCAAUCUGUACUCUCAUUCAGAGAAACUACGCAUUAUCUUAUCUCUAAGUUAAAUAGAAUAAAUGAACACGGGACAAAAGGUUAAAUUAUAGUUGUUAUCCCAUAACAAAUAUGCUAAAUCUUUCUAAAUGAAACUUUUAGUCACCAAGAAGUUACAGUCAUUAAUCCAUUAAUGUGAGUUUCUAUUGUCUUUCUGUUGAUUCAUAUAUUUCCAGUCAUUUCCUAUCAGCCUAACCAAAGUCUUGCCAUCAAGCUCUUUUUCCUGGGUGGUUUCCAAUUCUUAAUGCUCCAUGUUAAAGUGUUUUUUUAUCCUGUAAAAUACCCAGAAUUCGCAUGGAGAGAAGAAUUAACACAGUGGCAAUCCAUGCAAGAGGCAUCUUCCCAGGUGCACGAGUUGUAAGGGGUCAUAACUGGGAAUGG